UCAGGAAGUUAUUUUAGAAAGAAAGACUACAUGUAAGAAACAAGAUGUCUCAUGCCGGGAGACGAUACCAAGAUAAGCAAUAUGGGCACCAUGAGAACCAUGGAUCUGAUAGAUACGAGGAAGACAGAAGAGCGAGAAAACCAUACCCGUACAAUGCAAGAUCAACAGAAGACGUCCGAGGUGGCCAGCACUCAAGGACUUCUACUGAUUGCUUAGACCCUUACUCUAAAACCUCAGGAGCAGCACGGGAAUAUUUUGGCCCACCACCAGCGUGUUAUCCUCCCAAGGAAACCUUCUCGAUGAAGUGUUCAAAGGUAUGCACAACAAGAGGCAUUUUGAAGUUUGUGGAAAUCACGGUUAACCUCCUGGUGCUGAUUUGUGUGGGUGCUGCCCAAGCCUCUGUUGCAGGCUUCACGUCCCUUGGCGGCUUCGGCACUGGAUCCUUUAGCCUGAAUUCGGCCUAUAGCCCCUUUGAGGGUACAGAGCUCCAGGAGGUGAGGGAGCUAGACAUGCAGUUCACCCAGAUGAGAGCCCCUUGCGUGUACGGCGGAGUCGCCUUCAGCUUAACAGCAGCAGUACUUACCCUCGUCUUCCUCGUCGUGGGGGCAAAACCCAUCCAGCAGCUCAGGACGGGGCUGCUGGUAGGCGAAUGUGCCUUCAACCUGCUGGCCGGUGUGGCGUAUGUCGCGGCGGUCGGCCUCUACCUGCAUUUUGUCAGCCAGGUGAACUCCACAGAAGUUUGCAAGAGGCGCGAGAGGCUGUAUGCGCGCCGUGGUUAUACCUCCAUGAACUGUGUGGUCCAGGGCGGCGACGCGGCCGUUGGCCUUUUUGGUGUUGCUGCCGCCUGUUUGUACUUUGCCAGCUUUGUGGUCUGCAUCCUUGCUAUCCGAACUGUCCGCGCCUUCCAGAGUCACGCAGCCAAGGCUCAGCACAGCCCCAAAAGUGGCAUUAGAGACAGAGGCGUCAGAAACCACCAUGCUGUCCACAGGACCUCUGAAAGCUCCCACAACAUCCAGGCUCUUGCCACGUUAGUGUGA